UAACAACAAUAACAAAAACACUGAGGCUACCAACCAUAUUUUUUUUUUUUUAAAUAAAAAAUAAAAAUAAAAGGAGAAACCCUCCUUGAUGUUGGCUCUUUAUUAAACGCCACUCACCGCUUCAUCUUUGCCCUCUCUCCUCUCAUCCACUUGAGCCCUCAAAAACCCUGUCUUUCCCCUCCUCCGCCGAAAGGGGCACGAUCACAGGUGGUGCUCCGACUAAACGCCACCUUCCAGAGCAGCAGAGCAGCGGGGAACAAUGGCGGCCUCUGACGUGACCGAUGGACCUGUUCUCAGUCUCAUAAACAAGCGACUCCGUGGCCUCCGCAAGAAAUACAACCGUAUCACACAGAUGGAAGAAGCUAUUGCCCAAGGCAAACCCAUCAACAAAGAACAGGAAGACGUUCUCCGCUCCAAGCCCGCCGUCACCGUCCUCAUCGACGAGUUGGAGAGGCUUCGCCAGCCCCUUUCCGCUGCCGUUGAAGAGGAACUUAGUCUCGCUCUCCAAAGCAACCACUUACCCCCCUCUCCGCCCCCACAACCCUCGUCUAUCAUUAACAAGGACGGCGCCGACGACGGCGAAGAAAAACCUGAAUCUGAUCAUCUGAAUGUUGAGAAUCUUCUGAAUCUGCUCUACUUUGGCUACUUGUUCGACGUCAAGCCUCAGACCGAUUUCACUUCGACGAUGCUGACCAGAACGCACGAGCGAGGGUGUUGCUUGACCUACGAUUAUGUAACGGACGAUGCUACCGAUCUCCUGGGCGAGAGGGAUUUGGAUUUGAUUUCUCAGUUGAGUGGUCUCUUGAUUUCACGGCCUGUGGAUUCGAGUCUUUCUCACAAGAAUGCAUUGCAGCGCUGCAUUGAACACGCAAGGCUCUGGCUUGCCAACUCUGACCGGCCAAUCGAACCGGAUGCUACUGUUACAUAUGCGGGCUUGAGAGAGAAGCUCAACAAGAUUAUGGCUUCGGAUUACUUCACUACCACACCCGAAAUGAAGGCUCCCGUGGAAGUGGCGGCAGCUGCUGCUGCUGGAAAUUAUGUCUCUUUUCAGGUACCGCUGCACAGCUCAGUGGUACCGGUUCAAGUUGAAGGGUCAAUUGCACAGUACCAGCAAAAGGAUGAAGACAACUCAAAUGUUCAAGGACAUGAAACUGGUGAUGACCAAUCUAGUCCUGUGGAGGAACUUCACCAGGAUGAAUUAGAGAUUGAAAAUCCUGCAGAGGUUGUAUCAGUUCAACAAGAACAAGCCAAACAACAGGCAGAAGUGGAGUGGAGUCAAGGAGAUGUGGAGUCAAAGGAGCAGUAUGUUCCUCGAAGAAAUUAUCAGAACACAAGAGGUGGCCGUGGUGGUGGGGGGAGUGGCCGCAGGGGGGGUUAUCCCAACGGUCGUGGAGGUCGAAGCGGUGGCAGGGUAGGUGGAUCCUACCAGAAUGGUCGCAGCCAAUAUUAUGAUCAGCCUGGCAAUUAUUAUUCGAGGGGCUACCAUAACAAUAGGGGAAGAGGUGGCAGGGGGGCUGGUGGAAACUCCUACAAUAACCAUGUUUUGGGAAUUCAAGGUGGUCAUGCUCCCACUGAAGUUGGGUUGGGUUCGUGAACCUCUUCUUUUUUCCAUUUUUUUGUAAGUGGUUGGGUUCUUGAACUUGUUACUCUUUUAGGUGUCUAUAGGAUGUUUGGUUGCUAGCUUUGUAGGUUGGUGGUGAAAAUGUCUUUUUUUUUUUUUUUAACCUUUUAUGGAACAUGAUUUGGAUGUGGGUUGCUGUUGAUGAAUGAGCCAUCCUGACCCCCUUUUUUUGUAGUUCAAUCGAUGCAGAAUUCCCAUUUAGUCCGGAAAAGAAGUUAUCAAUACCUUAUUAAAACUUUUUUAUUUUGCUUUA